GCAUGGCGGGCGGGGCUCGGGAGGUCCUCACGCUGCAGCUGGGCCACUUCGCGGGGUUCGUGGGCGCGCACUGGUGGAACCAGCAGGAUGCUGCGCUGUGCGUCCCGAGCGAGGCCGACGCGCCGCCGGCGGAGCUGUGUCCCGACGUCCUGUACCGGGCGGGCCGGACGCCGCACGGCCGGGAGACCUACACGCCGCGGCUCAUCCUCAUGGAUCUGAAGGGUAGUCUGAGCUCCCUGAAGCAGGAAGGUGGCCUCUACGGGGACGCGCAGCUGGAUGCGGCGAUCGCCUGGCAGGGAAAGCUCACCACACACAAGGAGGAGCUCUGUCCCAAGAACCCGUAUCUCCAGGACCUCCAGAGUGCCGAGGGAGUGCUGAGUAGUGACGGUAUCUGGAGGGUCAAAUCCAUUGCCAAUGGCAAAGGUCCCCCGCCGCUCGCCACGGCUACAGCACCCAAACCACUUAUCCCCACAGAGAGCAGCGUCAGAGUCUGGUCUGAUUUCCUCCGUGUCCACCUCCACCCCCGGAGCAUCUGUAUGAUUCAGAAGUACAACCACGAUGGGGAAGCAGGUCGCCUGGAGGCUUUUGGCCAAGGCGAGAGCAUCCUGAAGGAGCCCAGGUACUUGGAGGAGCUGGAGGACAGGCUGCAUUUCUAUGUGGAGGAGUGUGACUUCCUGCAGGGUUUCCAGAUCCUGUGUGACCUGCACAAUGGCUUCUCUGGGGUAGGCGCCAAGGCCACAGAGUUGCUACAGGACGAGUAUUCAGGGCGGGGAAUAAUAACCUGGGGCCUGCUCCCCGGCCCCUACAGUCUCCGGGAGCCCCAGAAAAACGUCUAUCGUCUAUUGAACACAGCUUUCGGCCUGGUGCACAUGUCCGCUCACAGCUCUCUGGUCUGCCCCUUGUCCUUGGGCAGGAGCCUGGGGCUGCGACCUGAGCCUCCGGUCACCUUCCCUCACCUACAUUAUGACGCCACUCUGCCCUUCCACUGUGCAGCCCUGCUGGCCACAACCCUCGACACAGUCACUGUUCCUUACCGCCUGCGUUCCUCGCCGGUUUCCAUGGCUCACCUGGCCGAUCUGCUGAACUUCUCUGGGAAGAAGGUGGUGACGGCAGCAGCAACCAUCCCCUUCCCCUUGGUCCCAGGCCAGUCCCUUCCUGAUGCCCUGGUGCAGCUCGGAGGACCCGCGGCGUGGACCCCACUCUCUGCAUGCGGGGGUCCUUGUGGGACGCGCUGCUUUGCCCUGUCCGUGGUGCUGCGGGGUCUAGACAGAGCGCGCCACACCAGCCGGCUCGCCCCGGGGACAACUCUGCCUUCCCCACUCCACGCGUGCAGCACUGGGGAGGACGUCUUGGCCCAGUAUUUGCAGCAGCAGGAACCCAGAGUCAGGAGCUCUGCCCAUCUGCUGCUGGCGCCCUGCAAGGUGGUCCCCCCGUACCCACGCCUGUUCUCCCCAAGCCUCAGCCAACACGGGCUGGUUCUGGAUGGCUCGCCGCCUGGGGCAGCCGUGGAGAGCAUCCCAGUUCUCGGGGCCUUCUGCUCCUCUUCUACCCUGAGCCAGACCCUGGGAGACUUGGCUAGAGACCUCAGCACACUGGACGUGCGGCGCUGGGCCAGCUUCCUGGAUGCCGGAGUGGAGCAGGCGGACGUGGAGGAGGCGCUGGAGGAGCUGGGCAGUCUGGCCCAGUGCUACCAGGGAGGGGACAGCCUCGCGGACUAAGGUUCUCCCAGCACAGGAGGCUGCUGGGUCACAAUAAACACUGGGUGCACGGGCUCGGCCAUGGCAAGGGCGAGACACCAUUUAGAAACA